AUGGAUCUCGACACCGCCUUCAGCAGCCCGAUGCGGUCCUCGCCGUGGCUGAACACUGAUGCGACGUCGCCGCCGAUGCGCACCCCCAUCGCUACACCGGACCGCUUCAUCUCCGACCGCCGCUCGCAGGACAACUCCAUGUCACACUUCUUCCUUACAACAAAGGAGAACGUUGUCCCGCUGCAGGCGAGCCCCGAGCGGCGGGGAGGCUCAAUGCCGCUCAUGGCGUCACCGAACCGCGGCGCGGGUGUUGCUGGUGGUGGUAUAGGUGUUGUUGGAGGGAGCACCGGCAAGGUGCGGAAGUACGCCAUGGAAAGCAGCCCUUCGCACACGACAGCGCUGGGGACAGAGCCCUACACCAAUAAGCUUGCACGCACACUUUUUCCAGACACGCAGUCUACUGUUUUGGGUAUUCACAGUCAAGUCCUGCAGCAGUGCAAUGUAUCAGAGUCUGAGGAGGAGCGUUACCGUAAUUCGUUAGGGGUCGUGUUUGAAGAAAACCGGGCACGAAACUUUCGCUCAAGAACGUUUCGUGUCAUUGCACGGGCCCCAGAGCGCAUUCUUGACGCUGCCGAUAUGAUAGAUGACUUCUAUCUACAAUUAAUGGACUGGUCCGCGAAGGACAUCCUUGCUGUCGGCCUGCAAGGCGCGGUGUAUCUAUGGGAUGCGAAGACAUGCAGUAUAACACAGCUCCCGUGCCAGAGGCCACCUAAUGGCAUCAUCUGCGGCGUAAGUUGGAGCGAGGAUGGCGAGCGAUUGGCUUUGGGUACGGAUGAUGGUUCAGUUGAGAUUUGGGAUGUAGAAUCGCAGCGCAUAACGAAGUGCCUGUACCAACACGUCGACCGUGUCGGUGCUCUCUCGUGGAACGGAAAUGUUCUUGCCACUGGCAGCAAAGAUGCCACAAUCCGCAUCAACGACCUCCGCGAUCCCCUCGGUUCAUGGACGCUACGCAGCCACCAACAGAGCGUUUGUGGGCUGCAAUGGUCCCCUGAUGGGGUGCGCAUCGCCAGCGGAGGCAACGACAAUCAGCUGCUUCUCUGGGACAGCCGCAACUUCUCUACGAGAACCCAGCCUGUACUGCGUCUCAACAAGCACACGGCUGCCGUAAAGGCGAUAGCAUGGAACCCGGUUCAGCACAAUCUUCUUGCAAGCGGGGGUGGCUCGGAGGACAAGAUGCUACGCUUCUGGAAUACUUCGACCGGUGAGUGUAUUAAUCACCUCAAUGCCGAAAGCCAAGUGUGCGGGGUGUUGUGGAACCUCAGCGGCACGGAGCUUAUCAGCUCCCACGGCUUCUCGCACAACCGGCUGACCAUCUGGAAGUACCCGACACUCCGACGAGUGGCUGAUCUGACAGGCCACACCUCGCGCGUGCUGCACAUGUGCAUGUCGACGGACGGAGAGGUGGUGGUGUCCGCCGCAGGGGAUGAGACAAUUAGGUUUUGGCGCUGCUUUCCCCCACGUGACGAGCGAGGGAGACGCGGCGACUGCGACGGGAACUCUCACCAGAAGCAGCAGUCGGGUCGGGGCAACGCCGCUGCGGAGGUAGACAUUGGCUUGCGUGACGAGCUUGCCUUGCGUUGA